GGUGGUUUAAACUCACCGUAACAUCUUUGAACAUCUUGUGAACAAUUUAAAACUGCAUUAGUUUAAUUAUACACAUUUUAGCUUUCCUAAAGAGUGAAAUAUGAUUUUAGAAAUUCUCACGAAUUUAGUUCCGUGUCGAAAGUGCUGCUGUAAAAUCUGUGCGCUCACUGUCAUUGAAGGCGCAUGUCGUUCCUCUUUUCUUAAAACCCCGUGGAGUUGCGUUAUACUGCAGUGCUGCUCCGUUUGUUGGAGUUGUUUAGUCUAGGUAGUUCAGUGGUCGGUUUUGUUGACUGUGAAUGUGGAGUUCCGUGCAGUAAUGUCAGUGUACAGACCGCUGGUGUGUUUGCUCAGACAGGCGACAGCAGCGCGCGUCUGCAGGACAGUCACCACCUGGUCACCUGUAGCAGCUGCCUUCAAUGCCAGAGUCCACAGGAGACUAGACCUCUUCCACCACAAUGUGGGGUUGUUUGGUGUCCCAGAGCUCAGCUCUGUGGGGGGCUUUGAGGUGGUCCAGGACAGAGCCCUGCAGGAGACACAGCAGCUGGUGCAGAAAGCCUGCCACUGCCCUCCAGGAGUCCAGACCGUGGAGAUAUUUGACAAGCUGUCAGACAGCCUGUGCAGAGUGGCAGACAUGGUAAACAUAAGAGUGGUUGAACUAUUUAUGUUUGACUUCGAGAUAAGUGGAAUCCAUCUGGAUAAAAAAAAGAGGAAAGAGGCUGUGAACUUGAAUGUGAAGCUGCUGGAUCUGAGCAAUCAGUUUCUCAUGAGCUGCCACAUGCCCAACAGAAUAGAGAAGAGAGCUCUUCCUGAACACAUUCACCAGCACUUCACUAAAGACGGGAAUUACAUUCAGAUCGGAGGCCUGAAUGCAGAUGCGCCUGAUGAUCUGGUCAGGGAAGUUGCAUAUAAAGUUUUCCUCUACCCAAAUGAAAAUGUGAUGCACAUACUUGAGGAACUGCUGUCCUGUAGAGAUAAACUGGCUCGCUUGGUUGGUUAUGAAUCUUAUGCACAUAGAGCAUUAAAAGGAACCAUGGCCAAAAGCCCAGAGGCAGUUAUGAGUUUUUUACAGCAGAUCACAGACAAGCUCUCAGACAGGACUGAAAGGGAUUUUGGAAUGAUGAGGGAAAUGAAGACAAAACUCAACCCCAGAAAUCCUGAGCUAAUGCCAUGGGACCAUCCGUACUUCAGUGGUGUGAUACGUGCAGAAAGAUUCAACAUAGAGCCAAGCCUGUACAGUCCGUACUUCUCGCUGGGAGCGUGUAUGGAAGGUCUGAAUGGUCUUUUCACGCAGCUGUAUGGUGUAUCACUGCUGGCUGAGCAGCCCAGUGUGGGGGAGGUUUGGAGCGAAGAUGUGCGCAAGUUGGCUGUGGUGCAUGAAACAGAGGGACUGCUGGGAUACAUCUACUGUGACUUCUUCUACAGACCAGACAAACCUCACCAGGACUGCCACUUCACUAUUCGUGGCGGGAGGCAGCUAGAAGAUGGGCAGUAUCAGCUGCCGAUAGUUGUCCUGAUGCUGAACCUGCCUCACCCUACACAGUCUGCUCCCACAUUGCUCAGCCCGGGCAUGAUGGAAAAUCUCUUCCAUGAGAUGGGCCAUGCCAUGCACUCCAUGCUGGGACGCACCCGCUACCAGCAUGUGACGGGAACACGGUGUGUCACUGAUUUUGCAGAGGUACCUUCUAUUCUAAUGGAAUAUUUUGCCACAGACUAUCGUGUGAUCAGUCAGUUCGCUCGCCACUAUCAGACUGGACAGCCUUUGCCGCAAAGCAUGGUGGCCCGUCUUUGUGAGUCCAAGAAGGUCUGUGGUGCAGCUGACACUCAACUUCAGGUUUUCUAUGCGAUCAUGGAUCAAGUUUAUCAUGGAAAACCACAAAAUCGAUCAACUACAGAUAUCAUGAUAGACAUGCAGAAGAAGUAUUAUGGCCUGCCAUAUGUCACCAAUACAGCCUGGCAGCUGAGGUUCAGUCAUCUUGUCGGCUAUGGGGCGAAGUACUACUCAUACCUGAUGUCACGGGCGGUGGCCUCCAUGGUGUGGAAGCAGUGUUUCUAUAAAGACCCCCUCAACAGAGGGGUUCUCCUUAGUGCACCCCGUGCCCCCUCCUCUGUGCCGGACCGCAGUGGAACAAGAGCCACCCUAGAGAGAGUCUGUAGCCUGGGCUGUUUUUAUCUGCCGGGCUCUGAGCUGGCCGGAUCCCAGGCCUCUGGUGCUGAAAAGUCCAGGCUAUUUGCCCCUCUUGAUUCAUGUCCAGGCAUGUUGCAGAAAAGACCCUCCAUCGAGGACUUCGUCAACGCCCUUGUGUCUGAUCUGGACCCUGACUUUGAAACCUUCAUCAUGGACUCAGAGGGCUGAGGGAUUUUUCAUAGCAGUAUAACUUUACCUUCCUCACGGUAAUCAGUCUUUACAACUGGCUGAACAGUCAGUAUUCAUGUGUAGAGAAAAGACUGCGUUUAUGAACCAAAACUGAGCGGUCUCACAGCAGUGCAUUGUGGGAUGUAUAUACUAGUGAAUCUCCAAAAAACAUGUCAAGAACAAAAAUCAGAACUGUAUGUGUUCUAUUUGUUUACUUUUUGACCAAAAUAAAUAAAAAUGAUAAAUGCAGAAUAAAUCUGAUACACGACACAACA